AUGAAAUUUAAAUUAUGUUCAAUUCUAAUAGUAUUUAAUUGUUUUGGAUCUAAACUAGUCACAGCUAGGGUUGCAGGAAUCGUUGGUGAUAAGAUCUACGAAUGUGAGGACAUCCCCAAGUACAACAAAAUUGAAUCAGUUGAUUAUUCAAACUUUAAAAUUUAUCACGAAAACGACACGCACACAUUUUUGAAUGGAAGUGUGAAAUUUAUGACAGGUUUCGCUCGUUUGCCAGGACGAGUCUAUACCGAACAAUAUGUUCGAGGCAAAUGGAUAGUUCAGCUGUUCGAUAGGCAGUAUGUGGACAUGUGUGUUGCAUUUCAUAGUCCAACUGAGCCUUUUUUCAAUCAAACGAGAAGUUUUCCGAGUUGUCCGGUGAUGCCUGGGACAGAAUGGAAGUUUGAUAUGGUACACAUAGUAGCAGACGAUCAGCUCCUGAAUAGCUUUCCAACCUCCCUCGUUGGACUUUGGCGGAUGACAAUAAUAUUAAACAUUUUCGACAAUGGAGCAUUUAAGAAAUUUUGUAAAAUUGUCCAUUGCGACAUUUUUGAGGAUUAA